UCUCUAGAAUAUGCCCGCACAGUGCAGAGGCAGCAGGAGGCCUGAGGGCUGUGGUCUGUGGUCUGUGGACUGACUAUAUCUGUCUGUCCGUCGUCUGAUGACGCAACAACAUCGUCUCCUUCCUCGCCACCGCUUAAGCAGCUCCGUGUCGAUCUUCCCCAGCCCAGCCCGUGCUCGAUUACCUACGCGCCUAAGCAAAAGCCCUGAUCCCUUACACACCAAGGAAACGGGCUCAAUUUAUGCCGACCUCCUUGCAGCGAGAUGCCGCCGCAGCCGCAGCCGUGUCCAAAGAACGCCGCGCAGUUCGGCAGCCAGCACGCAUAAUGGCGCACGUCGCUGACAUGGCGGCCUUCUACGACGCCUGGGUGGGCCGUGAGGAGGAGAUCGUCGCCGACCUGACGGCCGCGCUCUCGCUCUCGCUCUCGGCGCGCCGGCGCGAGGCGCUGGCGCCGCUCGUGGACGCCGCCAUGGACCACGUGGCCACCUACUACGAGCACAAGGCCCGCCUCGCCGACCGCGACGUCGUGGCGGCGCUCGACCCGCGCUGGCUCAACCCGCUGGAGCGCACCUUCCUCUGGGCCUGGGGCUGGAAGCCCGCGCUCGUCUUCCGCUUCGUGGACGAGGCUGCCGUGGGCUCGGCCCAGCAGCGGCGUGGGCUGGAGGACCUGCGGGCGUCCACGGCGGCGGCGGAGCGCGAGGUGGAGCGGGAGGUGGCGGCCAUGCAGGAGUCCCUGGCGGGGCCUCGGGUGCUGGCGGCGCUGCGGCGGCAGCUUCACAGCCCGCGGAACGGCGAGGCGGACGAGGCCGUGGCGGCGGUCGGCCGGUCGCUCCGCGUGCUGCUGGCGGCCGGGGACGCGCUCCGCGAGCGGACGGUGCGCGGCGUCGUCGGGCUGCUGGGGCCCGAGCAGGCGGGCGCGUUCGUCGCGGCCUUGCUCAGGUUCCACCUCGGCGUCCGCCGCGCCGGCCGCGGCUGGUCCUCCGGCCAAGGCGGCCAGCGAGGCCUCUAGCCAGUGAAAAUUGUAUCCCGUGCGGCAACGGUGUUGCGUCUAAUUACUCGCGUGGGGAAUUAUGCCCCGCACGUCAUUGUCCGUGUCAGUCCAGCGGUCGUAAUAAAAGGGUGUCGCGCCCGAGUCCUGUUGUUUUCUCGUAUCAGUCACUGUGUGUCAGCGUCCCGCGCUUGUUCUUGUGGUACGGUCAUGUGUUUGUUUUCUGUUCGUGUUCCGCAUGUCGAAUUGCUUACCGUGUCAACCUGUCAAAUGGUCGCCGUCGGGCUUGGCUCACUAGUCGAGCGUCUCAGGAGACGAGAAUCAUGCGUGACAGCCUGGUAAAUUUACCAUUUCGAAAUACGAAUUAGUCGUACAGCAUCUGGCCUAUCAUUGGUGCAGAAUGUUGAGAGUGGAGAUUAUGUUAAGGUUCUAGUCAAUAUUGUCUUGAA